UUAAGCUAUGUUGUAGUCUAUAUUUGUUGUUGGGAAUCCGUAUGCUGCAAGAGAAUAUUAGUACUGUGUAGUAACAGGGGAUGGAGGGACAUGAAAUGCUCAGAGGAGGACAAAAAGCAUGCUAUAACCAUGGAUUCUCAGCCGCUGAAAUGAAAUCUUUGGCUGCAUUAUGUGACUCCUUCAUUCCCUCAGUUUUUGCGGAAGAGAAAGAUGUCGAUUCCUUUGAUCUCCUCUCUGGCUCUUACAAUGGAGUUCCUGACCAGGUUGCUGAUGUGAUGAGGUGUAGGGUGAAACCUGUUGGGGUCUGUUUUGCGAAAUGGGUGUUGUGGCUUUUGAGCACACGGUUUGGUACAUGGCUGCUCUGCGGUUCUGCUAGUUUUAGCCCUCGAUUUCCUUACCUGCAGACGUUUUCACAGGUUUCUGGGUCGAGAAGGGAGAGGAUUUUGGUUGAUUGGUCGCAGGGGAAGAGAUUUACUCUUCUCAAAUUUGCGUUCAAGUUAUUUAAGAUCUGCUGCUGCUUCACUUUCUACACCCUGGUAGAUGACAAUGGCAAGAAUCCAAGCUGGCAAUUCAUAGGAUAUACUCCACCCAAUUUUCAGCCCAGUGAAAAAAGCCAGGGCAAGAAGCCAUUGGACAAUGGAGUGAUAGACUUAAGUUCAGACCAGGAUUUGGCUGCUCAGUUCAAAGGCAGGGGUUUCACGGUGAGUUCAGAGGCAGAUAGUAGUGGUAGAAGCAAUUGGGUGUUAGAAUGCGACGCGGUGGUGGUGGGAUCAGGGUCAGGAGGCGGAGUAGCGGCGGGAACCCUAGCACAGGCAGGGUACAGAGUAAUUGUGGUGGAGAAAGGCAAUUACUACGCCAGGCAGGACCUAUCCCUUCUGGAAGGCCCCUCACUCCAGCACAUGUACGACUCAGGGGGAAUUCUCUCCACCAACGACCUCAAGAUUCUCAUAAUGGCAGGUUCAACAGUGGGAGGCGGAUCUGCCAUAAACUGGUCAGCCUGUAUCCCAACGCCGCCGGAAAAGCUCACAGAAUGGUCCCAAAACUACCAUUUGCCACUCUUCGCCACGGAAACUUACCAAACCGCAAUGAAAACAGUAUGCGAGCGCCUUGGAGUGAACGACCGUUGUCCAAAACACAGCUUCCAAAACACCAUUCUCAGAGAAGGGUGCUCAAAACUAGGGUUUACAGUCCACAGCGUGCCCCGCAAUUCCACACAGGAUCAUUUCUGCGGCUCCUGCUGUUACGGCUGCCCGACGGGAAACAAAAAAGGAACAGAUGAAACGUGGCUCGUGGAUGCAGUAAAUGCAGGAGCCAUAAUUCUGACGGGUUGCAAAGCAGACAAGGUCUUAACCCUACCAAAUAAAAUCGGCCAAAAGAAAAACCGAGCCACAGGAGUGUCAGUCUAUACCCGAACGGGCACCCAAAUCAUCAUACAGGCCAGUGUAACUGUAGCAUCCUGCGGCGCGCUUCAGACGCCGCCAUUGCUGCGCCGUAGCGGGCUUCAAAACCCUAAUACUGGCAAAAACCUGCGGCUUCACCCGGUUCAGAUGGCAUGGGGUUACUUCCCAGAUGGCAGCGGACCAGCAGGGAAAUCAUACGAGGGAGGGAUUAUAACGACCAUGUGUAAACACAGUGGCACUAUUAACCAAACCCCGGCAGUGGGUGCCGGGUCAUUCGCCGCCCUGAUUCCUUGGACUUCUGGUGCGGAUAUGAAAUCGCGGAUGCGAAAAUACAGCAGAACGGCGCACAUUUUCUCGCUGGUCGGCGACCAGGGCAGCGGCACAGUAAUGGCGGAAAGAGAAAUUGAGUACCGGAUCUGCGAUGGUGACCGACAAAAGCUCACCGAAGGGCUCGCCCGGGCCGUGAGAAUCCUCAUUGCUGCCGGGGCAACCGAGGUGGGGACACAUCGGAGCGAUGGCCUUCGAUUCAGCACCUGUGGCGCCAGUCAUGAAGAGAUCGAGGAGUUUAUUGGGAAGGUAGCUUCCUGUAACACGAUGGGCAAACACAGAGAGGGUAAUAAGAUCGGGCAGCCAUGGACACCUGUGUGUUCAGCCCACCAGAUGGGAAGCUGUCGAAUGGGGCAAGACCCAGAGGCCGGUGCUGUUGACUGGAAGGGCGAGAGUUGGGAAGUUGAAGGCUUGUUUGUCUGUGAUGGCAGCCUGCUGCCCACUUCCCUAGGCGUGAAUCCCAUGAUCACUAUUCAGUCCAUUGCGCUCUGUGUAUCAAGGCAUAUCGUCCAAUCCUUAGAUAGGAAUUCUGUACCUCCUAAUAAAGACUAGCAGUUCAUUUUAGCCUACUCAAGUAAUUUUUGAGAGAUGUGUUGUCUUUUGAGGGAGCCUUUCAUGGUGGCACUGGCUACGCAGCGGACAAAAUGGCCCGCCCCAUGCCAUGUCUUCUCCAUGCUCCCCAUGUCAUGUACGGUUUGAUUGGACGUGGUGGCUCUUUCUAUCAUGCACAUCACAUCAGUACCUGUAGUUGUUCAACCUCUCUUUCCCCGUAAAACAAAUUAAAUGCUUUGUUUUUGUUC